AAACCCUCAAAUUCUCACUCCAAUUCCUACUUAAAGCCUUUGCUUCAAUUUCCAAACCUUCCUCUUAAUCAAAACCAGUAAUAUAUAUUCAUUCAAAUUUCACUUUCUAAACCCUAAUAUACCAAUUCUCAAAUUCGACUUUAUUCAAAAACCCUAGCUCCCAUGGCGUCGAAGAAGAAACAACCCGAAGGCAUUGCUCUGUUGUCAAUGUACAACGACGAAGAAGACGAGGACAUGGAAGACCUCGACGAAGAAGAAGAACAAGAAGAAGAAGAAGAAGAAGAAGAAAAGGAAAAUGAAAAAGCGGAGCGGAGAGAGGCAGAGGGGGAAGAGCAAUACGACGAUUACAGAGAUUCGAGAAUGGCGGACGGAGACGAUUCGAUGGACAUUGGAGAGAGAGUGUUUGGCGGUGAUGAAUCUGCUAACGAUGGAACGCCGCCGAUUGUUAACGACGAUGCGGUGCCGGAUAAGGGGAGGUUUGGGAACUCAACGCCGCAACAGCCUCAAGUUUCGCCGCAACGAGAGCCGGUGGCGCCGGAUAGUUCGAGGAGGAGUAGGAGAGGGACGCUCACAAUUGUGGACUAUGGUCACGAUGAAGUUGCUAUGUCUCCUGAGCCUGAGGAGAGAGAAAUAUAUGGAAGUGGUCGGGUCAUGUUUGGAGAAGAGCUUCAAACUGCUAAUGGUCAUUUCCAAGAUAAUACACCUCCGGGUACUGUUCAGGCACCUAGCCAUCAAGUAACUUCUCCAUCAUUUGAUCAAUCACAAUCUGAUGCAAUGAAUUAUGUUGUGCGUGAAUCGGAGGGUGCACAGGUUGAGGAAGCUGUUAUGGAAGAGGGAAAAGAAGUUGAUCCGUUGGAUAAGUUUCUCCCACCACCACCCAAGGCAAAGUGCUCGGAAGAGCUGCAAAGGAAAAUAAAUAAGUUUCUUGAUUACAAGAAAGGUGGAAAAAGCUUCAAUGCAGAGGUACGCCAUAGGAAGGAUUACAGGAACCCUGACUUCCUGGUACAUGCAGUGACGUAUCAAGAUAUUGAUCAAAUAGGGUCUUGCUUUAGUAAAGAUGUAUUUGACCCUCAUGGAUAUGAAAAAAGCGACUACUAUUUUGAAAUAGAAGCUGAUAUGAGACGUGAGGAACUAGAAAAGAAGAAGAAUCCAAAGGUUGAUUUUGUUUCUGGAGGAACACAACCUGUAACAGUUGUGUCUGCACCAAAAGUUAUCAUACCUAUUCCAGGUGUUUCAUCUGCAGCUGCCACUGGUCUACUACCUGUGCCACCUGCAACUGAUACCACUACUAGGGAUGGUAGACAGAACAAGAAAUCUAAGUGGGAUAAGGUUGAUGGGGAUCGAAGAAAUCCUUUGCCCUCUGGGGGGCAGGAUUCUAUUUCUGCAGUUGGGGCUCAUGCAGCACUCUUGUCUGCUAAUGCUGGUGCAGGAUACAUGGCUUUUGCGCAGCAAAGACGGCGAGAAGCAGAAGAAAAAAGAUCCAGUGAGAGGAAGGUAGAUAGAAGAUCUUGAACCAUUCAUUGUACUACUCACAAAUUAAUUAUCAUAAAACAUUUUGAGGUGGAUAAAUGAAUUCUCUUUGCCCUCAUUUAAGGCAAUGGUAAGGGCUUGUAUUUUUUAUUUUAUUUUUCAAAUUUAAAUCAUACAUCUUGUAUAUGGCAAAAAAAUGAAAAUAGAUGAUCUCAUUAGUGCCUUUCAGCUUGUAACAUGACCCUAGGAACCAUUUUAUCUUUUGAAAAACCAGCAAGCCCCUUUCCCUUUACUUUAGAUUAUAUUUGUAAAGGGAAAAGUGAAUGAAAUUGUGAAAAGUUUGGAAGAUAUGUCUGAAGAAUGUGAUAGCCUUAUUGGGGGAUAAGCUCAAGGAAAGUUGAGUUGACUUGUUUUAACAGCUUAGCACUUCAAAAAAAGUUCGAUACAACUUUGACCAUUAUCCGAACUGCAGGCUUGUAAAUCAUUUAUUUUCUUAACAUUUCUGCAAUGAAUAAUUUUUCUUCAGUGAA